GUGCACGUACAGCGACCAGCGAUCAGCGAGUCGAUUGAAACCGGUCGGUUCGGCCGACUUAUCCGUAGCGGUUCCGGAGCGCCUCAACCCGGAUGACCCCCGGUGCGACGGAGAGAGAGUGCGGAGGCAGCAGCGGCGCCGGAGGCGAUGCGCACUACUGCAGGUGCUGUGUCGCGGUCGUAAAGCGCGAGUCCGGACUAAGUGAGGCAACGUUAAAGCGAUGCCAGGGGUAACCAAGUACAAUUUAGUGGAUGACGCGCACGACCUGAGGCUCCCCAUGCACAACGACGAGGUGUUUAAGCAUGGGGUGUGCUUCGAGGCAAAGUACAUUGGCAGUUUGGAGGUGGGUCGCCCCGGCAGCCGGAUGGAGAUAGUCGCUGCCAUGAGGAGAAUCCGGUAUGAAUUCAAACUGAAGAAUAUUAAGAAAAAGAAGGUCAACAUUGUCAUAUCUACUGAUUGUGUCAAAGUUAUUUUGCGCAAAAAAAGGAAGAGAAAAGGAUGGUCAUGGGAUGAUAAUACCAUCUUAUUGACACAGGAUCCCAUCUACAGGAUUUUUUAUGUCUCACAUGAUGCCCAAGACCUGAAGAUCUUCAGUUAUAUAGCGAGAGAAGGACAGAGCAGCAUUUUCCGCUGCAAUGUUUUCAAGUCCAAGAGGAAGUCACAGGCCAUGAGGAUCGUGCGGACGGUGGGGCAGGCGUUUGAUGUGUGUCACCAGCUGACCCUGCAGCAGAAAAGCGAUGACCAGGAAGAUGAGGAGGGGAAGGCAGAAGACUCAGAAGCAGUGCCAGCAAAGAAGAGGUUUGCGUUGUCAGAAGGGGCCGACCUUGAAGCCACCACAGAGGAGAGCAUUGAGUGUGUCUCCUCUUCCGACCUGGAGAAGAGCAAAAAGGACGAGGCGCUCGGUAACAAUGAGACGGUGCCUGGUGACCCGUCUCUCCUGCUGGACUCCCUCAUCCAUGCGGCCUCUGUGUCGGGUCUGUCAGUAGAAGAGGCUCCAUGCUCUGCAGAGCACCAGGUCCAGCUCCUGCAGAAACAACUGCAGCAGCAGGAACAACAGGCUCUGGCAGCUUCAGAGCAGGUCCAUGUCCUCCAGGAGCAGCUGUCCGUGGAGUUGUGUGCGCGGACUGAAACUCAGGCCAGAGUGCAGAGGCUUCUGCAGCAGAACACCGACCUGCUGCAGCACAUUUCCCUGUUGGUCAAACAGAUCCAGGAGCUGGAGCUUAAAGCUUCUGGCCAAUUAACAUCCAUGGGCUCCCAGGACAGUCUUCUCGAGAUCACUUUCCGCCCCAAGCCCCCCAGCUCUACUUCAUUCCCGGGCCCCUUUUCAGCCCAAUCCCAGGUCCAGAUCAGCGACAGCCCCUGGGUCUCCGCCCUCCUCGGGCCCCGCUCUCCCGCCACCCCAUGCGCCGAGACCAGCCCCCUGGAGCUCGGCGGCAGCGGCGUCCGACUCGAGUGCUUCCGCUUCACGUCCCGCGGGCCGGACCUCCAGGAGCACGGCCGGGGGGGCGCUGGGGAGGCUCCCGGCGACGGGGGCCCCGACGACAGCCCGCUGCUUGGGGAGCAGGUUCUGGGCGCCCUGGAGCUCCUCCGGUUUCGGGAGUCCGGGAUCGGAUCGGAGUACGAGUCGAACACGGAUGAGAGCGAUGACCGGGACAGCUGGGGUCAGGGGGAGGGGAGUGGGUCCGACGGCGCGGCCCGACUCGUAAACGUGCUGAACACAGAGUGUCUGGCGGACUGCUUAGGGGAUGAGAUGGCCGUGUAGUGGUGCUGCUGAGACUGCGCAUUGCGCCUAUGCACCCCCCCCCUCCCCCCCUCCCCCACUGGGGGACAGCUUCACAUUCUGAAUGUGAAGGGACAUCUUAGACUGACUCACUCGCCUCCUGUUUUGAUUCCCUGUGCACAGUGUCCCACUUCUGUGAGUAUUGUUACUAUUUGAUCAUAGAAACAGAGAUUCAUAAAGAAUAACUAACUUCAUGCAUCAUUUUUCUGGUUCAAAGAUCCCCACAACAUAAACAAUCAGGUGUCGCUCUCGAUAGGGAUUGGGCCCACUGCGACCUCUGACCUCUGCCGUCUGUUUGUCUAGUUGUUGAUUAAUGUUGUACCUCAGCUCAUCCGUUUGGUUUCUUGACUCGCCGGGCUUGUUACAGUGUGGUUUUGUCUGUGUUUCCGGCUCGAGUGUGGUUGUUUUUGCUGUUUUUAAAUGAAGAUCUGUGGAGGAAAUAAAGACCAACUAUGUCUGGUUAUGCUAAAGCUUUUCUUUUGGUGUGAAAACUAAAGCCUUACUGUGCUUGCAAGGUUUAAAAAUGAGCAAGUGUGUACUAAGUCGUCCAUUCUCUCUUUUCAAUACACUGUAUAUAGUUUGAUCAACUUAUUUGCACUGCAUAAAACACAAGGCUUCAUACUAUUCUCUCUAUAGUGUAGAAGACCGCUUUUGUGAUUAAAUGAUUUUGUGUCUCAGAGACAAACAUCUCACUGUGUGCAGGUGCUGCUACAAACUUGUUUCUGCUGCUUAAAAAUGUAGCUACCAAGCACUGGAAGUAUAAUUUGUUAAAGCUGUACUGCAGCAAACGGGAAAUCCUUGCUCACUGUUCCUCUACCCUUCACAGGAAUUGCCUCCUACCCUCUUUUCCUUGAAGCUCGUCACCUCUUCCCCGCUCUCCUGUACCCACAUCCCUCUGUCAUUUGUCACCAAUUUGUGUCUGUUAAUUAAAGUCCACUUGAAUUAA